AUCUAUAUCUGUCAAAACAUUUUUUCCUCAAAACAGAACAAAAAAAUUAUUUCCAUUUGAUUUUAACAUUUUGCAAAAAAGAAAUAUUUUAAUUAAAAAAGAUAAUUAAUUAUGAGGGACGUUGAGCAUCGUUCCUCUUCUUACCGCUCACGGCACAAAUCUCGUUCCAAAUCCCGUGAUCGAGAUCGCGAUAGGGAUUACUAUUCCCGCCGAAGGCGUUCAAAUUCUCGCAGCUCUCGUUCACGUCCCUCAAAAUCAUCGAGGAAGAAAAAAUCAAAGAAAAAACGCUACCGCAGUAGUAGCAGCAGUUCCACUAGCAGUCGCAGUCGUGGUUCAAUAAAAUCAAGUAGUUCCAGCACUCGGCGAACAACAACUCAACCGCCAAGUUCUGAAGAAAACUCUUUGUCAGUUCAAGCUGCGCCACCGCCCAAGGAUCUACCAUCGCUAAGUAAUUAUCGUGAUCGUGGAGCUAUUGCUAAAAUCGAAGAUGAUUCAUUCACAGCAAGUCCCUUCUUCAGUUCGGCGGAAACUAAAAAACUCCCAGAAAAAGUUAUAAUCGAUUUGAAAAACGAUACAAUUUUGGUUGAGGAUAAAGAUGAAACAGAAACACAACCCGAGGAAUCUUUGUUAUUUCAUCCAAAUUUUAUUGGAGACUAUAUGCAAAAAAUGGACAAAUGGGUUAACAAAUUAUACAACUAUAGGCAAAAAGCGUUCCAGGAAUAAUAAACUAGAACUUAAUAAAAAU